UUAACCUGCAGAAUUUUAAGCAAAAUGGCGACACUGUAAUGGAUGGAGGACGAAAAACGUACAGUGUCAAGUGUAAUGACAAACUUGAUAAUUGUUAUUGUUUCCUGCAUUGGGAAGGUGGGUUUUCAGAAGACCGUAGAGUGGAACCAAUGGUUUGGAACAGAUUGAACAUACUGGGGAGAUGGCUGAUAUAAAGCCAAAUGCACAAGAGGACAAAGAAGGAGAUGUGGUGGAACCAUUGUGUAAUAGCUCCGUUGCCACUCAGGAGCCAUUACAGCGUCACACAUCCUCCCUUAAGAACAAUGCUGCAAGGUUGUCAGAGCAGCUGUCCUCUGACAGACUCCCAAACCCUUUAAAUGGAGCACAGCCCAGUCCAAUUGUACCCAGCAGUGUCCCUGCUGUUCCCCACACAGCCCAAGCAGCCCAUUCACUACCUUUCGUAGCACUUGUUAAUGGACCUGCUUCACACCCUAACUCAGAGGAGAGCUGUGGCCUGAACAAAGACAGCACAACGCCCAACAAUGUCCUGGUGGAGGCCCAGGACACCCAACUAUGGCAAGCAGGGAGGGACACAAGCCCUCAGGUGUUACCGCCACCCAGUGAGCUUCAAUCAGACGCCCUGAAGAACCCAGCAGGGCCAGGGCCUGUUCUGAAAACAUUAGCCACCACGCAGCCAGAGGCCAACAACACGUCACCAUCUGACUCUGGGGAGAGUGAGGCUGAACUUCCCUACCAGGCCCGUGACACCACCUUGUCAGACCACAGUCCACAGCCUCACCAAACGCCAGUUAACCAAAUAUGGACGGCUGAGGGAGUCAAGGCUAGAGCUAGAUCUAUAUGGGACUUACACACCACAGAGUCCUCUGAGAGCUCGUCGGACGGUUCUGACGGGGCUAACUCACUACACUGGGAUUCUCAGAAAGAGCUCAUACGGGUGUUGUGGAACAAUCGUAACGUUGACAACAGCUUACAGGAAAACACUGCGGGAGUGGGAGUGAUGCCUCAGCUUACCAGCCAAAGACAGAGGAAGCGUAAAAUACACCUGGUGGGUACGACAGGCUCUCCUGAAAAGGUUUACAACAGCAGCUCGAAUCACACCUACAAAAAGUGGCAUAUUGAAGAGGAGGAAGAUGAUGACGAGGAUUUUAACAUCGCCAACGUAAAUGAUGAGGAUUUCCCUUGUAAAAAGGCUGAUGUACAAUCUUCUGUGAAUUCAUGUCAAGAGCAUCCCAGUGACAGUCCUGUAAUCAUCAAGAAAGUGAUUAUAAGAGCAGAUUGCCACGAAGACAAUCACUCCGACUCCCUCUUUAGUAGAAAACCCAAGCAGCUAAAGACAGAGCAAUCCGAACAAGAACCAUCGUUUUUCCCAUGCACAAAGUGCAAUGUUAAUUUCAAGGAGAAAAGGCAUUUGCAUAGACAUAUGAUGUAUCAUUUAGAUGGGCAUAAUCAUCAGAUACGCCACCACGAGAACGUUCCAAGGCCUUUUAUAUGCAGGGAGUGUGGGCGUUCGUUCCGCGAUCGCAACUCCCUCCUCAAGCACAUGAUUAUCCACCAGGAGAGACGGGAGAAACUUAUGGAGGAGAUACAGGGACUCAACAAACUCCGAGACGAAGGCAGGAACGCCAAGCUGCAGUGCCCGCAGUGUGUGUUCGGGACCAACUGCCCCAAGACGUUCGUCCAGCACGCCAAGACACAUGAGAAGGACAAACGUUAUUACUGUUGCGAGGAGUGCAACCACAUGGCCCUGACAGAACGGGAGCUUGAAGCACACCUGUACGCGGUGCACUGUGACACACUGCAGUACAAGUACAAGAACAUGAUCAAAGAUGAGGAGUCAGAGUUUCCUACAAAUAACAAUGAAGAUAAUGAAUCAAGAUAUGUUGUGUUUCACUGUAAAGUGUGCCCUUUCAGCACCCAGAAUCAAAAUGACCUGAAGAGCCAUUGUGACCUAAUACACCAGUUUUGUGAAGAUGAAUGUGAAAGUCCACCGUUUAACAAAGCAUCUGACCAUCAAGAUCAAUAUAGGCUAGCUGGCCCGUCCAAAAAAGCAGAUUUAAAACUCCUACAGCUGAAGCAAAAUUUCUGUAUUAAAAAGCCUGCUUUCUGGAAAAGAGCAGAUUUGCCCUUUUGGUCUAGUAGUGUAGCUGACUUUUACACGAGAAACAAAGCAGACGCACAGAAGUAUUAUAAAGAUCUUACCGCCUCCCAGUUCAAAUGUAGUCUUGGCAGCUCAACAAACAAGCUGUCACCAUCUAUGUGGAGGAGCGACAAGCCAAACAAAUUAUCUCCCAAACCAACAGAGAAAAUAGACGUGACAACAGGUCUCCCUUAUGUUGAGGAAGACAAUCAACAAUACGACCAUGUCAUUUCAGGAAUCUCAGAAAGGACAAAAUAUCCCUCAAAUGUUGAUGUGUUGGUUACAUCCAAGAUGGCUAAAAUAGGCCAGAUGCUAAAUUAUAGCUAUGACUCUGACAAGAGUCAGGGAGAUAGCAACGACUUGACCUGCAGGAAGUCAGAGCCCCAAAAUGUUACCCGAAAGUCUCCAUCCAAACGAAAAAUGUCCACACCAUUCCGCAACACUGUGGACAAGGUGGUUGAUAAUGUUUUUCCAAAACUGAACCCAAAGUUAAGAGAGACUACCACUCCUGAAGACACAGAAGAUGAUGAUUAUGAGGACACGUAUGACUUUAGUGCCUACACCAGCGAGGCUACAGCCAAUUUCCUGGAUAGUAGUGAGAAUGAGAGGAAUCCCUAUGCCCGUAGCUACUUCAUACGCAGACAGAGGGGUUCUUUUGUUAAAGAAGAUCCUACACCUGCUGCUGAUGUCGGACAUUUUGAAAAGAACGCUACUCAGGCUGACCACCAUUUUGAAAAGACUGAAGUCAAGGAGGGGGAGUAUGACAGCGAUGACAUACAGAAGCUUAUCAUCAAAGAGGAGUGUAUAGAAAGCUCAGUGUGUGACGAUUCUCCGGAGUCACCCACCACCACCAAAACACACAACCAAAGUCUCUCCUAUGAGUAUGACGUCUCCCCUCCAUUUGGGUCAGAAAGAAAGUCCUGCCCCUAUUGUCCUGCUGUGUUUGAGUCUGGGGUGGGCUUGUCCAAUCACGUGCGAGGGCACCUGCACAGGGUGGGGCUGAGUUAUGAUGCUCGCCACGUGGUGUCACCUGAGCAGGUAGCUUCACAGGACCGACAGCCACGCAUACGCAGGAAGAUCCCCUCUGUGGCACGGAGGAUCAAAAAAGCUGAGAAGCCGGAGUCUCAGGCGGAGCACACCUGUCCCUUGUGCUGUGGCUGGUUCGACACCAACACGGGCCUCUCCAAUCAUGUGAGGGGACAUCUAAAGCGGAUAGGGAAGACCAGCACCACCAGCACCAGUAAGAGUCCAGUGUGUAUCCUUAACGAGCUGCUACAGGAUGAGCAGGAACACCAGAACAUCCUCCAGACCCUCAACAGGAAGCAGUUCCUCUCUCGACCAAUCAUCUCCCAGAAGUUCAUCGGGAGUGAUGGGCUCUUCCUGACACCCACAGGGUUCCCAGUGAAGAUCCAACAUGGCUGCCAGCCAGGCCAAGAUGGCAAUUCCACUUCAUGGGGGCCCAGUGCAACUACACCCAGGCAGGAGGAAGUUAAGGGAGAGAAGUUCUUUUCUGAAAGGAAAAGUAUAGAGAUACGAGGGGUCAGGGAACCUUCCCAGGGCACUUUAGUAGAGCUGCUGAGGAAGAGGAAGUUGGACAAGGAGCAGGGGCAGCUGAGGGAUAACAGCAGAUCGUAUGAUGCAGAUACUAAUCACUUUACUGUGACCAAAGAGAGGUUUGAGGAGAGACAGAACCAACAGGCCAGCAAUCUGGAACCACACUGGGCCCAAGAAAGAUUAAUAAAGAUGUCUAAAUCAGAUAUCGGAGCCUCCCGAGUGGCGCAGCGGUCUAAGGCAUCACUACAGACUACACACUACGAUCCCAGGCUGUGUCACAACUGGCUGUAACCGGGAGUCCCAUAGGGCGCAGCACAAUUGGCCCAGCCAUCUCAUCCGGGCUAGUGGAGGGUUUGGCCGGGGGGGCCGGCUCUGUAGUUGGCUCAUUGCACUCUAUCAACUCCUUGUGGCAGGCUGGGCACCUGCAGGCUGACUUCGGUCGUCAGUUGAACAGUGUUUCCUCCAACAUAUUGGUGUAGCUGGCUUCCGAGUUAAGCGGGCGGGUGUUAAGGAGCGCGGUUGGGUGGUCAUGUUUCGGAGGACGCAUAACUCGACCUUCGUGUCUCCCGAGCCUGUUGGGGAGUUGCAGCAAUGAGACAAGAACGUAAUUGAAAUUGAGAGGGAAACGGGGGUAAAAUACAAAAUACAAAAAAAAUAUGGAUUUUUUUAGAUGUCCAUCUCAAUUCUAAUGAUUGGCCGUUCUGUGGCUGACAUUGUUGAAUGUCAUAGUGACUUUUUACAUUAUAGCUGAAAGCUGAAACCUUAAAAGGGAGAAUAGACUGACUCUGACAUUCAGAUUUAAUCACCUAACUAAGGUUUUUACACCAUUUUGGUGUAAUCAGUGUUAUGUUAAAUGGAGAUUUAACACAUACAGUGGGGAGAAUACUGUAUAAUAUAUACUUAAGCUUUUUUUAUGGGCAUUAGUUAAUUAAUCAAGAAGAGAUUCAUUUUGCACAUGCAAUUGUUGCAAACGAUUUGCAGGUAAUUUAAAUAACCUUUAGUGGCUUGUCAUGGUUAAAAAACACCUCCGUAGCAGAUGUUUUCCCCCCUAUUAGGUGUGAAAUGAAUGGGAAGCUGUCUCUAUAAUUUUCACACCACUGCCAGUAGCUUCAGGACAGCCUGCAUAGAAACUUGGUGUGGGCUUGUCAUACAAUCAAAUCUGCUCUAAAGGGUGUACAGAGAGACCUUUCCUAAUGAAACGCUUUUAUGAUUUAACAUGCUCUAGAUGUAGCCUGUAGUGACAUGCCAAACUAUUGUAAUUCAUGUGCAAUAUUGACACAAUCAGCACAGUAUGAAUUUCUUAUCAUAGCCUAAAUCAAAUUCUAAACCCAGGUGAAAAUAGGCACCCUGGAGUUCUUAGAUUGUGAUAAACAUUACUCUCAACAAUACAUCUCCAACUGCAGAGUGCAAAACAGAUCUUUCCAAUAUGAAAACAGAUGGAGGAAGAGGUGAUGGCACUCAGGGAAUAGCAGUUUACUUCAUGUUCAUCUCUAUGUGCUCUGUAGUCACUUUUAGCCAUAUUUCUUCAGAUUUUUCCUUAGUCACCUCAACUCACCUCCAGAUUAUAUUUGUCAAAGACGCUCAUCAAAGACCCUGAAACCAAACAAUUUAUUUAGAUGUAAUGUGUGUAGAAGUUGAACAAACAAAAUGUCUCUAAUGGAAGAUAACUGAUAAUGAAGUAAAAAACUAAUGGAGCGAGGUAAUCCGGAGGCUUAUGGGCAUUUGAAUAAAAUGCUAUACUCUUGACACUAUUUCAAAGGCAUUCUCUUGCAAGAAAAGUGUUGUUAAGGAGUGUUUUGAACAUAUUUUACAUUUUGAACUGAAGUUCUGUGUGCUUUGCUUUCUUUUGAAAUGUCUCUUUCCCUUUCACAUGUUUCACU